AUGAAUAAAAUCAGAGCCAUACUUAAAGGUGAUAAUCAAGGUGAAGACAAAAUUAGUAAUGUUAAUACUGAUGAAAUAGACUCAUCUGAUCAUUACAGUAAUGAAAAAACUACUCAACCAAAUAUUGAACAUAAGGUUGUUAAUGAUGAUUAUGAAGCCGAUAGAAAAUUACACGAUUUAGAUUUAGUUGUUUCAAAAUCACAAGAAUUUGAUCCUAUUACUUCAAAUUUAGCGAAAGAUGUUUUAGACGAUGAUUAUGCAGCAGUGCAUGUUGAAGAUGAUUCAGCAUUUCCAGAAGUUAGAGGUGCUGUUCCAAGUUUUGAUGAUCCAACUUUGCCUCAAAAUACUAUUAGAGCUUGGGUUUUAGGUUUAAUUUUAACAACUAUUGGUUCUGCUAUGAAUAUGUAUUUUUCAUUGCAUAGUCCUACAAUUACUAUAACGACUAUGGUUACUUCAAUUUUAGCUUAUCCUUUAGGUAGAUUUUGGGCAUGGGCUAUACCAAAUUGGAAAUUAUUUGGUCUUGACUAUUUGCAAUUAAAUCCUGGUCCUUUUAAUAUCAAAGAACAUGCAAUUAUUACGAUCAUGGCUAAUGCUUCAUUUAAUGGUGGUGCUGCAUAUGCUACUGACAUUUUAUUGGCCAUGAAUUCAAAACAAUUUUUUGGUGUUGAUUUCGGUGCUGGUUUUGCCGUUAUUGCUACAUUAUCAACAAACUUGAUUGGAUUUUCAUUAGGUGGGUUAAUAAGAAAAUUUGUUGUCGAUAAUCCAUCUGCUAUUUGGCCACAAAAUUUGGUUACUUGUACAUUCUUGACAAAUAUGCAUAUUAAUGAAAACCACCCAGCUAAUGGUUGGACAAUUUCAAGAUUAUGGUUUUUCUUGAUCGCUUUUAUUGGUUCAUUUGUUUAUUAUUGGUUUCCAGGUUAUAUCUUUAGUGCAUUGUCAUACUUUUCAUGGAUUACUUGGAUCAAACCAAAUAGCGUCACUAUUAAUCAAAUUUUUGGUUCUUCCUCAGGUAUUGCUAUGAUACCAAACAAUAUUGCAUUAGAUUGGAAUCAAAUUGCUGGUUAUAUUGGAUCUCCAUUAAUUCCACCUGCAAGUACUAUUUUUACAAUUUUCUUAUCAAUUCUUAUAAUUUUCUGGUGUGUUGUCCCAGCUAUCUCAUUUACAAAUACUUGGUAUGGUGACUAUUUACCAAUUUCAACUUCAGGUUCUUAUGAUAGAUAUCAAAAUAAAUAUAAUGUUUCAAGAAUUGUUGAUCCAAAAACAUUAACAUUUAGAGAAGAUGAAUAUAAGAAAUAUUCACCAUUAUUUUUAAGUACAACUUUUGCCAUGUCAUAUGGUUUAUCAUUUGCUUCAAUUUUAGCCACAAUUACGCAUACAAUUUUAUUUCAUGGUAAAGAAAUCAAAGAUUCAUUUCAAAUCAGUUAUAAACCAGAUGUUCACAAUAGAUUAAUGAAAGCUUAUAAACCAUUACCUGAAUGGUGGUAUGCGAUUUCCUUCUUGAUUUUCUUUGCAUUAGCCAUUGCUACUGUUAGAGCUUGGGAUACUGAAAUGCCAGUUUGGUGUUUGAUUGUUGCUUUAAUUAUUGCUUUAGUCUUUUUAAUUCCCGUUGCUGUUAUUUAUUCAAAAACAAAUAUUGCUGUUGGUUUGAAUGUUAUUACAGAAUUUAUUAUUGGUUAUAUGUUACCAGGUAAACCUGUUGCAAUGAUGUUUUUUAAAACAUUCGGCUAUAUUACAAACAAUCAAGCUAUUGGUUUUGCUUCAGACAUGAAACUAGGUCAUUACAUGAAAAUAGCUCCAAGAGGAUUAUUUUGGUGUCAAUUUGUUGCCGCCUUUUGGGGUUCCUUAGUUCAAGUUGGUGUUUUAAGAUGGGCUUACGGUGCGAUUGAAAAUUUAUGUGCUCCAGAUCAAGCUAAUCACUUCACUUGUCCAAAUGGUAAAGUUUUCUUUAAUGCUGCUAUUAUUUGGGGUGUUAUUGGUCCACAAAGACAAUUUUCACACGGUCAAAUUUACUACAACUUGUUAUUCUUUUUCAUUCUUGGUGCUGGCCUUCCAAUCGUUAAUUGGUUAAUAUUAAAAAAAUGGCCAAACUCAUUAGUUAGACAUUUGAACUGGCCAGUUUUCUUUUCAGGUACCGGUAAUAUUCCACCUGCUACUCCAUACACUUAUUCAUCAUAUUGUAUGGUUGGUUUACUAUUUGGUUGGUGGAUUAAAAAAAGAUUCUUCCAUUGGUGGACCAAAUAUAAUUAUUCAUUAUCUGCUGGUUUAGAUAUUGGUUUAGCUUGGUCAUCAUUAAUUAUUUCAUUAGCAUUGGGUUUAACUAAUACAAAUUUCCCGUCAUGGUGGGGUAACAAUGUUGUCUACACUGCUGAUUUUCUACAAACUGGUGACCCAGAUGCUGGUAUUGUACCAAAUAUUAGAAAAGUAUUGGCUGAAGGUGAACAUUUUGGUCCCGAAAAAUGGUAA